UCGCCCCGCCCCAGAGAUUUUGUUCAAGGUCCGCCACACUGCCAACAAGUACUAUUUACCUCACGCUCCCAUUGUCCCCAAGUAGUAGCAGCUCUUCUUCCUCCUUCCCCUCAUCCCCAGUCAGUACUAGUGGGAAGCAACGAUGGAGAACUGCAGCAAGAAGCCGAGGCUUGGUCUUACACCCAAGGGACAGUUUAAGCAAGAAGCAGCGGAUCAUGAAACCAGCAGAGAGGUUGUGGUGGACGACGCCAAGAUGUCCAUCGUGAUUGAUAAGACCAUGUAUGACUGCCCACUCUGCUAUCGGCCCUUGAGGCCUCCUGUGUUGAAGUGCCGAGCCGGACACGGUGCGUGCGGCAGCUGCUCUGAAAACCACUCUCGCAAGUGCCAUUUGUGCGCGGACGGCGCCGAGUACGAGCACAUCCACUGGUUGGACCCCUAUGUCAUGGAGGCCAAGGUUCCGUGCCCAAACGAGCCAUUUGGCUGCCGGACCUUGGUGACCUACUUCUUGGUUGAUGACCAUCGGCUGGAUUGCCGGCACGCUCCUUGCUACUGCCCUGAGCCUGGCUGCACCUUCCCUGGCUCGCCGCUGAUGCUCUACGACCACCUCAAGGUGCACCACGACUGGCUCGUCACCUCCAUCGCCUUCGACAAGAAGCUCGAUUUGGAGAUAGAUGAAGCGGAGCGGCGCCGUCUACUGGCUACGGAAAACGGGGAGCACUUGUUCCUCCUGGUCAUCACUGAGAGGGUCGGCGGAGGGUGCGAAGUCAGGCUCGUGCGUGUCUGUGGCAAGGAUGCUGGCCCAUGGGGGUACUGGUACAAGGUGUGGACGAAUGCGCCCAUGGACCCAUGGUACGGGGACAAGAAACCAAUCCUGAUGUUGGAGGACAGGGUGAGGAGCUGCGCGGUGCCCUCAGAGGAGGCGGCCAUGGAGGUGGGCAGCAGGUACUUGUCUGUGCAGCUCCCCGACAUGCACCCGAGAGGAGGGUUUGCUCUCCGCGUCCGCAUCACGAAGUACCAGCUCCAAACAGCUGAUGGCGCUUCUGCUCCUGCUUAUCCAGUCUCGGCCGGGGCUGAUUAAUAAUUAGUAGUCACCUUAGCUUCAUUAUCUAGCUAUCUUAUUGUGGGAUUAUUGCAUGGUGUGGUUCAGUAGUGAACUAUGUGAAAUAUAGUGUUGAUUGUUGCAAGCCAAUUUUCUAGUAAUAUUGUAACAGCAGUUUCCAAACCAUGCUUCAGUCAUGAUUACUUGGUUAGCAUCUUA